AGUGUAAAAGAUACGCCCUUUCCGUUUCCGCAACAACAAAACGGCAUGACUCGCGCUGGAGGGAAACUGUCUUCAGUUGUAAGAAGUAUCGUUUUUAGCUUCGUAAACGACUUUUAAAAGCCACUGAUGGUCGUAGACUGUCCCAUUCAUGUGAACGUACAUCCAUGUAGUCUAACUUUAUGAUUGUUCGGUGCCAGACAUCUCUAAAUGAAGGAUUCGAGUUGCUUUAAACGGCCAUUGCAGUAUUACUGCACUGCAGGGAAAGGCUUGGAAGAGUUUCUUGUGGCGGAGGUGCGAUGUAAAUUGGCCGCGAUUGAUGUUGACCAUGUAACAGGAAAGGUGUUUUUCUCCACGAGUGAGGACAUUGAGAAAGUGAGAGGUCUGAAAUCUGCAGAGAGGCUGUUCCUGCUGCUGAGGAGAGCGCCACCUCUGGCCCAAACCGGGAGUGCAGGGAGAGUGGAGGAUGUCGUGCGGGACCAGAUCAUCGGACAGCACCGGGUCUGGACUGAGACCCUGUCCCUGUGGCUCCAGCUCCGAAAGGGCCUGGAGGAGGCCGGACCCGACCCAACGGGACCGGGGCGGGGCAGGAAGAGGAAGCUGGAGCAGGGAGAGGGGGCUGGAGAAGGGCCUGUCUGUGAGAGCCUGGGGCAGGUGGUGGGCCGGGGCCCUGGGGUGGAGGGGCAGGGACCUGGGGUAGAGGGGUGGGAUCCUGGAGAUAAGAGAGGGGACUCUGUGGUGGAGGCGAGAGGCUCUGUGGUGGAGGGACAGGGCCUUGGGAAGAAGAGGCGGGGCCAUGGAUUGAAGGGGCAGGACUCUGGGGUUGAGGGGCAGGACUCUGGGGGGGAGUCGGCCGUGACGGGGGCCUCUGGGGAGGGAGCACCGCCCCGCAGUGAGUCUUCCUCAAAGGCAGGGGGCGCUGGCGAGCCCCAGCCUGCUCCAGUGUGCUUCAGAGUGUGCUGCCGCUGCACUGGCUCCUUCGCCCGCACCUUCAGCUCCCAGGAGCUGGGCAGGAUAGUGGGGGUGGCCAUCAGCAGGCAGCUGGGAUGGAGCGUGAACCUGAGGGAGCCUGACCUGGAGGUUAAUGUGCAUUUAAGCGAUGACCACUGUGUGAUUGGCCUCCCACUGCUAAGAUCGCCGCUAGCCAGCCGCAGCUAUAUCAGAACCACAGGACUCCGCUCCACCGUUGCUUGGGCAAUGGCGUCGCUCGCUGAAAUCAAGCCAGGGUCUUGUGUCUUAGAUCCCAUGUGUGGAGUGGGGACGAUACUCUUAGAAGCUGCAAAGGAGUGUCCAAACUCCUCCUUCCUGGGAAUGGAUAUAGAGGAGUCACAGCUGCAGAAAGCCCGAGACAAUGUGCAGUUUGCAGAACUCUCUGGAAGAGUUGAAGUGAUUAAAUCAUCAGUUAAAGCGAUCCCAGUUCCGUCGGAGAGUGUGGAUGCUGUCGUCUGCGAUAUUCCGUUUGGGAGGAAGUUUGGCAGUAAAUCUGACAUGGCGGCCGCUCUGCCAGCUAUUGUGGCUGAAAUGGAGAGGGUGCUGUGUGUGGGCGGAUCCCUGGUGCUGCUCCUCAGCCCCGCCCUCGCUGCUGAUCUGAAGAGGAGCUGCCGCCCCCAGCCUGCCACACCGACGAACGAGUCAGGAGAGCCCCCCCCUCCGCCCCCCCAGCACAGACCCGGGGGACCUGCCCCUGCACCCCCCCAGCACAGACCUGGGGGUCCCGCCCCUGCACCCCCCCAACACAGACCUGGGGGUUUGUCCCCCCUCCUCUUCCCGUCCUUAGAGCUCCAGAGCAUUCACAGAGUGAGUCUGGGAACGGCCGACGCCCUCAUCCACAAAUACCGCAAGGGCGGCGGUGUGGUGUAGCGGUUAGGGAACUGGAUUUGAAAUUUAAAGGUCGCCGGUUCGAUUCCCAGGAGGGACACUGCUAUUGUUGCUUCAGUAAAAAUAUACAGUUUUAUAAAUGGAUUUUGCAAUGUAACGAUGAGAAAGUUGUGUCGUUCUGGAUUAUAGUGAUAUAUAUGCUAUAUGAAUGUCAGUAAUGUAAGAAAGGCUCUCCUGCUGCUGGUGGGAUCCUGAUUCAGCGUGCUCCGGUAGUGAUGCUGCGGAUACUGUUCCCAUGUUUCUCACAUAAAGCUGUAAUUCCUAUA